CCUAUGAGGUGAAAGGACAGAAAACAACAAGCCAGGAUGACAACAUUAAGACCGUUUACCUGCGAUGAUUUAUUUAAAUUCAACAAUAUCAACCUGGACCCUUUGACAGAAACUUAUGGGAUCCCGUUUUACCUCCAGUACCUUGCUCACUGGCCGGAGUACUUCAUCGUCGCCGAGGCUCCUGGUGGUGAACUGAUGGGCUACAUCAUGGGGAAGGCGGAGGGAUCUGUGGCUCGGGAGGAGUGGCACGGUCACGUCACUGCCCUGUCCGUCGCCCCCGAGUUCAGAAGACUCGGCCUCGCAGCCAAACUCAUGGAGAUGCUGGAGGAGAUCUCUGAGAGGAAGGGCGGAUUCUUCGUGGAUCUCUUCGUGCGAGUCUCCAACCAGGUGGCAGUGAACAUGUACAAACGUCUAGGCUACAGCGUCUAUAGGACAGUGAUCGAGUAUUACUCUGCCAGCAACGGGGAACCUGAUGAAGACGCUUAUGACAUGAGGAAAGCUCUGUCCAGAGACACGGAGAAGAAGUCAAUCAUCCCGCUGCCACAUCCCGUCAGACCAGAAGACAUCGAAUAACAGUAGACUGUGGCUCUCUGACGAUCCGCUCUCUCUCUCUCUCCUUAUAAUCACGUGUGAAUUCAAUGUAAUUACAGGCUGUAAUCAGCUCCAGUGUACAUAAACCGCCACAGAUGCUGCUUAACAUUUCUUAUUCAUAGUCAGAGAGCCACACUGUACACAUCCUAAUUUUUUAAACAAUCAGAUAUUCAGUUUUGCUUUCCUGUAAAUUCCAAAAGAAUGUUUUCUUAAGAAAUAACAAAACUUGCAAGUUUGAAUUGAUGUGUGUAUAAUGCAAAUCAAACAUGGUCAUACAUUAAAGAUUGCUCAUGA